CAUCUUCCCUUUGUCCAGUUCCUCCUAGUCAACGUCGUUGUUCUUAGUCUCCGAUUGACUUCCACAAUGCUGCCUGAUACUUUUAUAAAUCACCAUAAUCUAAGAUCAGAGAGCAAAGACUCGCGUUUACUUACUCUUAUUAAUUUCCCGUCCCGCGUUUCCCUCUCUGCAAAGCAACAGCUGAAAUGGCGGUGGAGGAAGUGGAGAUAGUGAAGCCGCGUAAUGAUAAGAGAGAGUAUCGGCGGAUCGUCCUUAAAAACUCGCUUGAGGUUCUCCUCAUUAGCGAUCCCGAUACCGAUAAGUGUUCUGCUUCAAUGGAUGUUGGCGUUGGUUACUUCAGCGAUCCUGUUGGACUUGAAGGACUUGCCCAUUUUCUCGAACAUAUGUUGUUUUAUGCUAGUGAAAAAUAUCCAUUGGAGGAUAGUUAUUCGAAGUACAUAACUGAGCAUGGAGGGCGGUGCAAUGCUUAUACGACUUCUGAUCAUACCAACUAUAUCUUUGAUGUUAAUGCUGACAAUUUUGAAGAGGCUUUGGACAGGUUUGCACAGUUCUUUAUCAGACCAUUGUUAUCAGCUGACGCAACCAUGAGGGAAAUCAAAGCUGUUGAUUCUGAGAAUCAGAAAAAUUUAUUGUCUGAUGGCUGGAGAAUGCACCAGCUUCAGAAACAUCUCAGUGAUCAUAACCACCCAUAUCAUAAAUUCAGUACAGGGAACUGGGAGACUUUGGAAGUUCAACCAAAAGCAAAAGGGCUGGAUACAAGACAUGAGCUUCUUAAAUUCUACAAGGAAAAUUAUUCUGCCAGCCUUAUGCAUUUGGUGGUAUACACGAAAGAAAGCCUUGAUGCUAUUCAAAUCGCUGUGGAGGACAAAUUUCAAGAAAUUCAAAGCAAUAAUAGAAGCUGUAUUUUUUUUUCUGGUCAUCCAUGCAUGUCUGAGCACUUGCAGAUACUUGUCAAAUCUGUCCCAAUAGAAAAAGGUCACAAAUUGAGAAUUGUAUGGCCUAUAACUCCAAGCAUUCUUCACUACAAGGAAGGGCCUUGCAAUUAUCUGAAUUACCUUAUUGGCCAUGAAGGAGAAGGAUCUUUGUUUUAUGUCUUGAAAACAUUAGGAUGGGCUACAAGGUUGUUUGCAAGUGAAGAGGAAUGGAAUCAAGAGUUCUCUUUCUUUACAGUAACAAUUGAUCUUACAGAUAAUGGUCAAGAACAUAUGGGAGAGAUCGUAGGGCUACUAGUCAAAUAUAUUCAACUCUUACAACAAUCUGGUAUCUGCAAAUGGAUAUUCGAUGAGAUUGCCAGAAUUUCUGAGACAAAAUUCCAUUAUCAAGACAAAUAUGCUCCAAUCUAUUAUGCAAUGAGAAUCGCAUCAAAUAUGAAGUUAUAUCCUCCAAAAGAUUGGCUAGUGCAAUCCUCUAUUCCUUCUAAAUUCAACCCAAGUACAAUCCAAUCAGUAUUGGAUCAACUAUCUCCAAAUAAUGUCAGAAUCUUCUGGGAAUCAAAUAAGUUUGAAGGACAAACUGACAUGGUUGAGCCAUGGUACAAAACUGCAUACAGCAUUGAAAAAAUUAAUGAUUCCACAGUUCAGGAAUGGAUAUCAUCUGCCCCUAAUGAAAAUCUACAUCUUCCAGAACCUAAUUUAUUCAUCCCUAGUGACUUAUCACUCAAAGAUGCACAAGAGAAGGCCAAAUUCCCAUCUUUAGUGAGAAAGUCAAGCCUUGCAUCAUUAUGGUACAAGCCUGAUACAAUAUUCUCCACACCCAAGGCAUAUAUCAAGAUAGAUUUCAAUUGCCCGCAUGCCAAGAGCUCUCCUGAGUCUGAAGUUCUCUCUAUCAUUUUUACUCGGUUGUUGAAGGAUUACUUGAAUGAAUAUGCUUAUUCUGCACGUGUUGCUGGUCUAUAUUAUUACAUAAACAUGGCAGAAAGUGGUUUCCAGGUAACUGUUGCUGGUUAUAAUGACAAAUUGAAGACCUUGUUGGAAGCUGUCAUUGGAAAAAUUGCGAAAUUUUAUGUGAAUCUUGAAAGGUUUGCUGUGAUUAAGGAAAAGUUAGUGAAGGAGUACGAAAAUAAAAAAUUUCAACAACCCCACCACCAUGCUACAUAUUAUUGCUCAUUACUACUGUCAGAGCAGAAAUGGCCUUGGAUGGAAAAACUGGAAGCGCUUCCUCAUCUUGACGCUGAAGAUCUAGCCAAAUUUACUCCCGUGAUGUUGUCAAGGGCCUUCUUGGAGUGCUAUAUAGCAGGCAACAUUGAAUGCAGUGAGGCAGUGUCAAUUGUUCAAUAUGUUGAAGAUGUUUUCUUCAAGGGUGAAAACCCUAUAUGCCAACCUUUAUUCCCAUCUCAGUAUUUGACUAAUAGGGUUGUCAAGCUUGAGAGGGGCACAAGUUACUUCUACCCUAUUAAAGGCUUAAAUCCAAGCAAUGAGAAUUCCGCUCUAGUGCAUUAUAUUCAGGUUCAUCAAGAUGAAUUUAUGCUGAAUGUAAAACUUCAGCUUUUCACUCUUAUUGCAAAGCAAGCUGCCUUCCACCAGCUAAGAUCUGUUGAACAACUUGGGUACAUUACUAUUCUCAAAGAGAGGAAAGAUUAUGGUAUUCGUGGAAUUGAGUUUAUCAUUCAAUCUACUGUACAGGGUCCUGGACAUAUUGAUUUGAGGGUUGAGGCAUUCCUCAAGAUGUUCGAAAAUAAAAUUUUUCUAAUGACAGAUGAUGAAUUCAAGAGCAAUAUUAAGGCUUUGAUCGAUGUGAAACUUGAAAAGCACAAGAAUAUAUGGGAAGAAUCUGCAUUUUAUUGCCAAGAGAUUUCCGUUGGAACUCUCAAGUUCGAUCGCAGAGAAUGUGAGGUCAUGGCACUAAAGCAGCUCACAAAACAAGAUUUUAUAGAUUUCUUCAACGAAUACAUAAGAAUCGGUGCACCUAACAAGAGGACAUUGAGCAUAGGUGUAUAUGGGAAGCUACAUUCACUUGAAAACACAUCAGAUGAAGGUGAGCCAGCUCAUUCCAACAAGGUUCAGAUAGACGAUAUUUUUAGUUUCAGAAGAUCACAACCUCUAUACAGUUCAUUCAAAGGAAGAUUUGUUCCGACAAAGUUGUAAACCAUUCAACCACAUUGAACUAUUGAAGGACUUGAGAGAAAUGAACUACAUAGGAAAAUCAUGAAUUCCAGAAAAAUUUCCGUUGGGGUGUAAUAAUUGGGUAUAUUAUUAUAAUAAAAGGGUCCAAAAACAUAAAUUGAUACCUGAACUUUACGGGAAAACUUUUCCUUGUUGAUCAGUUGAUCGUUUUAAACUACUGUACUACUGUGGAUGUCGAAAUAGACUUUAAGUAUUUCUCAGUU